CAGUCAUUGUUGCUUUCGUAAGGUUUGUCUUAUCUUUCCAGUUUUUCCGAAGCUGACCAGCUGGAGCAUCAUGAAUCUGUGGUUCAGCAGUCUGACCCUGGUUGCAGGGUUGUUUCUGUGUAGCACAGCUCUGCCUCCUGAGGAAUGCCAAACCUUGGUCACGCCUUCCUCACUGGCCGACCCCUCCACGAUGUAUGGCAGGUUAAACGUGUUGGUGGGAUACACUGACCAUGAAGCAUUUAAUGGCAUCCUUAAAGUGACCGACAGCUCCUGGUUAAAAAUCAGCCCUACAUCCAGCCCAAAUAAGAUUGUAAUGAGUGAGGAGAACAAAAUGAAUGGACAGUGCUUUAGCUCAUCGGUCAACAUAACGAUCGAUGGCAACACUGCAACAACAGACGCGUAUCUGCCCUCAAUCGCAAACAUCACCAGUGUGUUCCACUUGGUGCCAAGCUGUGACGGCUGUGUGGUCUUCAACAUAAACACCACCGCCAGCAACAUGGAGCAUUUCUUAAAAUUGUUGAACAUGACCAGCACUGUUACAAAUGAUGAGAUCGUAGUUCACUCACUUUAUCUGAUGGGCAAAGAGUCAACCAUCAAGGACUCAGACAUGGAGCAUUUCAAGAAGCAGGCAAGCUGUUUCGGCUUUGACAGAGAACCAGACUUCGUGUACGACACAAAGAAAGGUUUCUGUGUUGAAGGCGAGGGCAUCCACAUUUAACUCAACUGUUUCAACAGAAACAGAGAAAGUAAAGUGAUUAAACAUCA